GCACUGCGCUUGUGAUGGGGGGAAACACGGCGGCUCGGCGAUAAGAAAAAAAAGUGGGAUCAGCUGAUGGGAAUCGAGUCACAAGCGAAAGAAGCAAACUCACACCGACUUUUCUACUUGUUCGACAGCAGGACGUCCGGUUGAACUUCGGAUCGGCAUGUUGGAUUUAGUAACCCUGUCGCGAAGACUGAUCACAUCCAAGAUGUCCGUUUCCGUCCCAUUGUCUCCCGGGAGGAAGAUGGCGGCUGAAGUUCCGGCCCUGGAGUCUAAAGUAGCGGCGCUGGUGGUCCUGCUGGUUGUCACGCUGCUCUUCAGCCUCAUCCCCCUGUUCCUCGUGCAGGGGGCGGGGCCCUGCAGCAUCCGACCAGAGACACGUCGGCGCCUGCUGACCUUGAUCAACUGUUUUGCGGGCGGAGUCUUCCUAGCAACGUGCCUGCUGGACCUCAUGCCAGACUACCUUCAGGGAAUCUCUGCUGCUUUCUCUAGUGCCGGAAUCACGCUGCAGUUUCCUCUGCCCGAGUUCAUCGUGGCCAUGGGCUUCUUCUUGGUUCUGGUUCUGGAGCAAGUGGUUCUUGCCUUCAGGGAACAGUCGUGGGCCCACGCUGAGGAGAGGCAAGGCCUGCUGGAGAACUCCAGCGUGCAGGCGAGUGAUGGUGACGCACCGCCCCCCCAGCGGCGUCACGCCAAGGAGGAGUCCGACUCUGCACCGCCGUCGACAUUGCGCGCCUUCGUGCUGGUGUUUUCGCUGUCACUGCACUCCAUCUUUGAGGGUCUUGCGGUGGGCCUGCUGGGGCGAGGCCAGGAGGUCCUGGAGGUGUGUCUGGCUCUGGCCAUCCACAAGAGUGUCAUCUCACUCAGCCUCGCCUUCACGCUGGCUCACGGCCGCCUGCAACGCCCGCUGGUCGUCACCUGCCUGCUCAUUUUUGCCGCCAUGGCGCCGCUAGGCAUCGGCCUGGGCAUCGGCCUCUCGGAGAGCGAAACGUCAUCGCAGGGGCGGCUGGCUUGUUACACGCUGCAGGGUGUGGCGACGGGCACCUUCCUCUACAUCACCUUCAUGGAGAUCCUGCCGCACGAGCUUGGCCACGGGCGUGGCCGCGUGACCAAAGUUGCCGUGGCGCUGCUGGGCUUCGCCGUCGUCACCGCCGUGCUCUUCAUCAAGAUGUGACCAUGGCGGCG